AUGCACUGCAUUUUAAUAAAAGUUGGCAAUAUGCUGAUAAUAGCUGCUGUGAUCACCACGCGUCACCUGCGCACCGUUACAAACUUUUUUGUACUGUCGCUCGCCAUCGCGGACUGCCUGGUGGGCUUCCUCGUCAUGCCUCUGGCCGUUACUAAACACUUAAAUGAUGGUGGGCGUUGGCAAGUGGAUACUGGGUCAUAAGAGCUGUGUAUAAUGUGGGUGUUAUGCGAUGUCUGUGUCUGCACCGCCUCCAUCUUGAGUCUGUGCGCCAUUAGCAUCGACCGUUACUUCGCCGUCACUCAGCCACUCAACUACUCUCGCCGUCGUCGUUCCAAGCGGCUUGCAGCUCUCAUGAUCCUCUUCGUCUGGAUGGCAGCCAUUGUUAUUAGUUGUCCUCCUCUGAUUUGGUUUCAUGACCUGAGCAACUUGGGCAGCAACGUAACGGAAGUGGACUGCGACUACAGCGAUCACAAGGGUUACGUGGUGUUCUCAGCAAUGGGAUCGUUUUUUGUGCCGAUGAUCGUAAUGUUGUACGUGUACGCUCGAAUCUCCUGCGUCAUUGCUGGGCGACACAAGGACAUCACUGCAAUCAACAAUCCUCCCCAAGUCAAGUGGCCACUCAAAUCUACUAAACAAUCAAGGAAUCCGAUAUCUACAUGUCUAGAGGAGUCAGAUCUUGCCAGGGAGUAUUCAAAGAGCAAAGAGUUCUCUGUUAGAACAUCAAGUAUAAUGACGAGUCUCCGAGAGAACAGACUGCCAAACCGGCGCUUAAGGCUCUUGGACAACAAGUCCAGGGUCUCAUCCAUCCGGCGUGAGAAAAAAGCGGCACAAACUCUUAGCAUCGUUGUUGGUGGCUUCAUUGUUUGCUGGCUGCCCUUCUUCGUCGCCUAUCUUCUCGCACCAUUUAUAAAACCGACUAAAAUUCCGGACGAGCUGAUGUUUGGUUUAACCUGGCUAGGCUGGAUAAAUUCUGCCAUAAACCCAUUCAUCUACGCCUUCUACAGUCCAGAUUUCAGGUUAGCGUUCUGGAGACUGACUUUUCGAAAUUGUACUGCACGCCAGGUGGUCUCUAUGGAGCUGAGUACCUCAUCUCGCCAGAGCACGUACGUGCGGUAAAUUGUUUUAGGAUACCCUCGGCAUAGAUCUCAUCGCCAUUCCCACCUCCUGGGGUACAGAGACUCCUGCGUAUGAUCCUCCAAGUCUAUUGAAUGAUCUCAGAGAAACGCCAAAAUUACUCUCUUCGAUUAAGGUACUCGGACAUCAGAGUUCCAUCACGUAUAGUAUAAAACAUUGCACUUUAGAUGUUAAUUUAUUAUAAUUAUAGCUAUGCAUUUGUUACGUGGAGCUGCCAGGUUAAUGUUUUGUUACAAAAGACGUUGUGGUGUUUAUUUAUAAUAAAAGUAUUUAUUAAUUUAGCGCUUAUAUUUCUUUCAAACUUUUGUAUAGAUAAACUAAUACUGAUUUGAGAAUAUGUAAGCAACAAAUAUGUAUUAUAUUCUAUUAUAAGGUAUCCUUUAAUUUAAAUAAAAUGUCUACUAUGUCAUUUUCUGUUGUAAAGAUUUAAAUUUUAAUGUUUAUUAAUGAUGUAAAAUCUGAAUACUUUCCCGGAAGUUUAUUCAUUUUGUAACGUUAUCUGUAAUAAAAUUAAUUUGAGUAAGUACUAGUAAUCUAAA